AUCUAGAUUUAAACACUUAUUAAAAUUUUACAGCCAUAUCCAUUACAACCAAUGCAUCGUUCUGGGAUCUUAGUUUUAACCAACCAUGUGUCUGUGUUAAGUUAUGGAGACACAGUUAAGCGUAUUGUAGCUGGAGUUAAAAAGAUCGUGGACUCUACUUUAUAUGUGCAUGUAGAGAACACCUGCAAUGUCUCUCAAAUGAAAGCCUCCAACUUCGAAUUUAGCUUGAAUACCCACCCUUCCACAAGCAACACACCAAGAUCUUUUUCUUCAGAUAUUUUUCCGUUUAUAUCAAAGUUUUAUGAAGAAGCAGCUUCCCAGUGUGAAGAUCUUGAUGUAAAUAUUUUGUUGCAUAAUAUUGGACAGCAUUCUGGCAGAAGGAAAACUUUACAAAGGCCAAUUCAAUGCAUUAUAACAGACCAUGCAGAGAAUUCAAAUAUUGAAUCGGAAAUUAUAAGAAAAUUUGUUCUUGGUCAAUAUGCACUAAAUGAAGAUAGCAGCAGUGGUUCCACUAUUCCAAUACUUGGUAUUGAAGAACAUAGCUUUGUUCAUAACAAUGUAAAGUCACAAUCAACAAUGGUUACUGGGAAAGGUAAUGUUGUCAUUGGAGGAACUUUCGAUAAAAUUCAUUCUGGCCACAAGGUGCUGCUGAGUGAAGCAGCUUUGCUUGCCAACAAGAGGUUACUGAUAGGCGUGACUGACGGUAAAAUGUUGGAAAGAAAGACAUUACACGAAUUGAUCCGUGGAUGUGAGACUCGUAUUUCUUCUGUACAAGCCUUUCUUCUGGAUGUUCAUGAUUUCUGCAUUAAAGAGGAAAACAGAGGAAUUCCAAACAAUCUUCCAAUUCUUGAAGUUGUUCCGAUUCUUGACCCGAUUGGUCCUGCUUCAACGGACCCAGAUUUGCAAUGCAUUGUGGUUAGUAAGGAGACGGAGAGGGGAGGGGUGGUGGUCAAUGAGGCGCGAAGGAAAAAUAAUUUAAAUGAUCUCUAUGUUCAUGUGAUAGGGGAAGGUUUAUUAAUUGGUGAUGAAUCCUCUUCUCCAACCAAAGAGACAAAGUUGAGUUCAUCAACGCUAAGAUACAAGUCCCUUGGAACGCUUCGAAAGUCUCCCAACAUGCGGACAUUAUCGCAUCCUCCUGGAGCAUACGUGAUCGGACUCACUGGAGGAAUUGCAUCCGGAAAAUCAUCUAUUGCCAAACGACUUCAAAACCUCGGAGCAGUUGUGGUUGAUUGUGAUAAACUCGGACACCUGGCUUACUCCCCCGGAACAAAAACUUUUAAAAAAGUUGUUGAAAACUUUGGUUCUGAAGUUGUCAGUGAAUCCGGUGAAAUUGAUCGGAAAAUUCUCGGGACUAAAAUUUUUGGGGUCGACUCAAAGAAUCGUGACCUCCUUAACUCCAUCGUGUGGCCGGAGAUUGAGCGGUUAGCCAGGCUUAAAAUAUUGGAGGCUACUUCAGAAAGAAAAGAGAAAGUUAUUUGCGUGUUAGAUGCCGCAGUGCUGUUGGAGGCAGGUUGGGACAACUUUUGCCACGAGGUUUGGGUUUCGGUGGUAACUCGUGAUGAAGCAAUUAAACGGGUAGUGGAGCGUGACGGACGUACGAUCGCUGACACAGAACGAAGGAUCCAAUCACAACUCAGUAACAAGGAACGUGUAGAAAAAGCUAACGUUGUGCUUUCUACGAUGUGGGAGACUUCUGCCACACAGGCACAGGUUGAAAAAGCAUGGAGUUUUCUUGUUGAAAGAAUGCAAGAAGUUUAAAAGAUGAAGCCGUUCAUAUUUGGUUGUUGUGAGUGGUUUGCUCAUUUUCUCUUCAAAUGUUAAUCUAUGCAGUUAAUUUAUAUACACAGUGGACAAUUUAUUGCUUAUUUGAAUUCAUUGCAAGUUUGAUAUGAUUGUAGAACAGUAUAUACUGUUUGAUGAUAUAGUACUUGUGUUAUACCAAAGGUUCCUUAACUUUUUAACUUUGUUGGUAUUUACAAUUAUAGAUGCCAAAUUUUUCAAAACUAAGGCAGGGAUAAUUAGACACACAUUCCUUUGAACCAAAUUUGGCUAUAAUUGUUACUGAUUAAUGUAGCGCAGAAAACUUUUAGGGAUUGCAUGUCUACCCCACCACCCUGGCUUUGGCUCGUCAACAGCAUUCACAACUUAUUUUUUUACACAGGAAAGCAAAUUAAACCAUAACUCUUUAAACAGUUUGUCAUCUGUCAUACCAGCGUUAUAUACCUUUCAAAAGACCUCAAGUUUAGGAAUCACUUAGUUAUACCAUGUAUGAUACAUGAUGUUUAGUACCAUAGUAAGUGUAAGACGAAAUCGUUGCAUUAAAGACUAGCUCAGUAUCGUUAAUGAACUGCUAACUUAUUUUUGUUACUUGAUUAACUUGUGCUUUUAACAUGCCUAAUUGUUCAUAAUAUGCAAAUUAAUUUAAAAUUAUUUUUGUUUCACAAUUUGGUAAUUAAGUGCAAUUGUUGUUUAAUAAAGAGUAUCUUGUAAAGAGA